GGUCACUCCGUCUCGUGUUCUUGUCUACAGAAAACUUUUUGUUCACGACCCAUUUGUCCAAAUGGCUGGUUUGAAGAUCGUUGGGAUUGGAAUGGUAUUUGGUACCGCUCUUGUGAUUGUACAAGUUGUCCAUAA